AUGUCGCUCACCACGCAUCACAAGCAGCAAGGUUUGUUCUUCGACGAAGCAUACAAACCAGAGUGUUUCGACCACCGACGACGAAAUUGCCUCUUCGACAUCGAAGAAGGUCCCACUCUUGAAUCAAUCACUGAUGAGACAGGUGUACCAUUCUCCGUUCUCACAUCACCCAACAACUCGAAAACUUCCUUGGUAUCAACUGCUACACAUGCUCAUCUGGAACAUAUUGCUGACCGCCGGCGACGAAACUCCCUCAUCGACAUCGAGGAAGGACUUCCUCUAAAGCAGGUCGCUGACGAGACAGGUGUCCCACUCUCUAUUCUCUUGCUGCACAACCCUUCAUUUAGUCCUCCGCUUACGCUUAUACCGCUCACUUAUGCAGCACCAACACAGAUACCAGCUGUUCCCACGCCAGCAACUGACGGGCCACCGACUGACGGGUCAUCACUUUCUGCGUCGCCAACACUUACCCCCGCAGUCUUCGACGGACCACGCAUUAUGUAA